UUCUUAGACGCAGAGCGCAAGGUCCUGCUGGCUACAUAGCAGCCGCCCAAGCUGGUCCUCCCCGCUACGUAGCAGCGCGUCAAGCUGGCGGCCCGGCGACACAGGAGCCCCUGGCGCGCGGGCAUCCUGCAGCCAACGCUGCUGUUCCUGCUUCUGGUGCAAGAGCGGGCAGCAGAGAGUCCAUGGGGAUUGCCCGUGGUGGCUGAUGGCCCAGCUCAAUUUGCAAAGGUGGUGAUGGCAGAACUGGCUAACCUGAAGUUAGAAAAGAAGUCCUGGCCUGGAGGGACCCACUCACUCCGCUAUCACUACCUGGCCCUGUCAGAGCCUGGCCCAGAACUCCCUGAGUUUCUGGCUGUGGGUUAUGUGGACGACCAGCCUUUCAUCCGGUAUGACAGUCGGACAGGCAAAGCUGAGCCUCAGGCUGCGUGGAUGGCACCCGUGGAUGCCCAGUACUGGGAGACAGAGACCAAGAAGCAGAAGGCCUGGGAGAAGGUACAGCAGGUAGAGAUGUGGACGGUGAUGGGAUUCUACAACCAGAGCAGUGGCAUACACAGUGCUCAGCGCAUGUUUGGCUGUGAGAUCAAUGAAGAUGGCAGUUCCAGAAGCUUCUGGCAAUUUGGCUUCGAUGGGCAUGACCACUUGUCGCUGGAUGUGGAGACGCUGAGCUGGGUGUCAGCGGAGCCAGUGGCCAUAAGAACAAAGCGCUGGUGGGAGAUGGAGCGUUGCUAUGCUGAGUAUGACAAGGCCUACCUAGAAGGCCUCUGCCUCACCUCCCUGCACAGGUACCUGGAGCUGGGAGGCCAGAGUCUCACCCAGAAAGAGCCUCCCAUGGUGCAGAUAACAAAGCACAGGACUCAUGACAGAGCAACACUGAGGUGCUGGGCCCUGGGUUUCUAUCCAAGGGAUAUCUCAUUGAGAUGGUGGCUGGAUGGAAAGGAGCUAACUUUGGAGACCGAGCAUGUGGAAACUCGCCCCAGUGGGGACGGCACCUACCAGACAUGGGUGGCUAUUCAAGUGCCUGCCGGAAAUGAGGCCCAGUACAGCUGCCAUGUGCAACAUUCUGGCCUCAACCAUACACUCACCAUGGCCUGGGGACCACCACCUUGGCUCACCACCACUGUAAUCCCCACAGUCUCCUUGGCUGUCCUCAUACUGGUAGCCAUGGCUCUAAUAUGCUACAAAACAUGUCCUCAAGUUUGUAAGAAGCCUUAUGUGCAAGCCCCAGGUGAGUGUGGCAUAGGUGGGUUGAAAAUUCCCAGGUGCCCCCAAGAAUGGCUGAGACACUUUAGAACCAAAGAUGGCAGUGGGAUGGUAGGCUGGGGGCUUUUCUUGUAUCCAGGCCUUGGCUUAUCUCCUUUCCCCCUUUUUCUGUCCCUUUGUCCUUCCCUAGCAGAGGCCAGCAUGGGCAGAGACAGAAAUGAUGCCAUUUCUCCUUUUGUUCUCUCACAGGCCAAGAUCCAUGAAUGUCAAUGCCACCCAGCAAGAGCACGAGCUGCUUAAUUUCUCCACUGACAAGUUCACUUGAUUAGGUCAAGGGGUUGUUUUGUGGUUUGCCUUGGUGGCCUGGAAACACCUAUGUUGGCUGGGUAACAGGUGUGAUCCGAUCACAGAAGGCCCACCUUGGGUCCAGCAUGAUAGCCUAAAGGCUAAAUCCCCACCUGGCACAUGCUGGAAUUGCAUGUGGGCGCCA